UAUCCAUACAAAUUGACAGGUAGGUUUGCCGGGAACUACUUGAGUACGAAUCCCAAGCCAAGCACCACUCUUCUUCAAGCGCUCCGACAAUCGACGACUCUGAACUCCCUCUGGCCAUUAACCCUUGCCGAGUGAUUUUCCGAGUUGACUCCGAGUCUCUAGGGUUAGUUGAUGACCCAGUCCCAUCCCUUAUGGAGGUCGAAGCUCACGCACUCUCUUCCUUUGAUCUCAACUCCUCCCCUGAUAAUUUCCCUUUUACUACCACCGCUGCCCGUGAGCCUCCGGAGCUCCGAAAUUCUCAGCCCUUCCGGAGCUCCGAACUUCUUGGUUACUCCGAAUCCGAUCAUGCUCCCGUACGCGAGGAUUUAGGAUCUCCUGUCGCCGCAGGUGGUAAAUGCCAAGACGUUGGUGGCAGUGACCUUAUGGCUCCCGUUUUUUCAACUCUAGACUCCGCUUCUCCGGUGGCCAAUGCAUUGGCCGGAGAGGAGCCUCUCCCGGAGAAGAUGGGAAGAUGUCCUUCGCGUGCGGCGAUGAAGCUGCAGAAGGUUUACAGGAGCUAUCGUACCCGACGCAUGUUAGCUGACUGCGCCGUGGUUGCCGAAGAGCUCUGGUGGCAGGCGUUAGAUUUUGCUCGAUUGAACCACAGCACGGUAUCUUUCUUCAAUUUUUCGAAACCGGAGUCGGCUGCGUCGCGGUGGAAUCGGGUCAGCUUAAAUGCUUCCAAGGUGGGUAAAGGCUUGUCUAAGGACGCCAAGGCACAGAAAUUAGCUUUUCAACACUGGAUUGAGGCUAUUGACCCCCGGCACCGAUAUGGGCAUAGUUUGCAUCUAUAUUACGAAGAGUGGUGUAAAGGUGAUGCUGGUCAACCCUUCUUUUUUUGGUUGGAUCUUGGAGAUGGCAAAGAGGUCGAUCUCACAGCAUGCCCACGCUCCAAGCUUCGUAAACAGCAUAUUAAGUAUCUUGGACCAAAAGAAAGAGAACAUUAUGAAUAUUUGGUCAUUGAGGGGAAAAUUUUGCAUGAACAAUCUGGGAAACCUCUUGACACAACAGAAGGUUCACCAGGAGCAAAAUGGAUCUUUGUGAUGAGCACCUCUAAGAGACUCUACGCUGGUGAGAAAAAGAAAGGAACCUUCCAUCAUUCCAGCUUUCUUGCGGGAGGCGUUACUUUGGCUGCUGGGAGGCUGGUGGUAAUUGAUGGAACACUUCAGUCUAUAUCGCCAUACAGUGGACACUAUCGACCCACUGAUGAUAGCUUUGAUACUUUCUUAGAAUUUCUGAAGGCACACGGAGUCAAUCUGGAUGAAGUUGAGAUGAGUAAAGCAAAUGAAGAUUAUGAGAAUUUUGGAGAAGCGAAAACGACAAAAGAUGAAUCAACUUCUGAAGUUGCAACAGUUUCCGAUUCCUGCGAAACUAAUGCUCCAGAUGAAGGGGCCGUGGAAACAAUUGAAGCUCCAAAACUUGAAAUUAACGUCAACUAUCGGAGGACUCUCUCUGGUGGGCUUCAGAGCCCAAAAGCAGAGGUGCCCAAGACGUCAAUAUUGCAAAGGAUCAACUCAAAGAAGGCUGCAAGGUCUUACCAACUGGGGAAACAACUCUCUCUGAAAUGGUCGACCGGUGCUGGGCCUAGAAUUGGUUGUAUUGCUGACUACCCUAUAGAGCUGAGGAUACAGGCCUUAGAGUUCACUAAUCUCUCACCAAGACUGUCGUCUACAUCUGCUACACCCAUUUGGGGUACUCUUCCUUCGCCGAUUAGAUUGCCUUCGCAAGAACUCACUAACGGUGAUUUGAAGUUGUCCGGCAUCUGAGUUUAUCUAGAUUGCUUGUACCAGCAGGAUGCCGUUGUCAUAUUACCUGUGCUAUCGUUCCCCUGUAAAAUGACGAAAAAAUGUUCUACAACCGGAACGCCGUCGUACUGCUUAUUCUCAUAUGUUCUAGCAUUGUACUUUUUUUUUGUUUUUCCACAGUUUUUGUGGAAAACGUGUCAGCAAAUAAAAGAAGCCACGUAGGUGCCUCAUAAGCAAAUCCCAUAAGGGUCGAGACACUGAAUACUCACCCCCGCCCCAAAGCUCCCCAAAAAAAAAAAAGAAAAAAAAGAGGAGGACCUAAUCAGCAAUGGCUGGUUGGGGCCCGUGCCAACACCCUCCAGUCCACAGACUCCACACAUGAAACAGCUAACGUGGGCAAUGGGUAACGCGUGGCGGCAGCACAAAUCGGCGCCUGGGACUUGGAAAGUGCUGCGAGGAGGCGGCGUGUAAAACGACUAUUGGGGAUUUGAUACAAAAGGCAGAAAGAGACCAAAAACUCCCUACCAGAAGAGAUGAAAAUGGGGAACACCUCUUGACGACGAAGGAGGAAAUAUUCCUUAUUAAAGAAAUGCCCAUGGUGAUCAUUUGUGGUCGUAACAGGAUUCGGAGGAGAAAAUGAUCAUGUUCGGAGGAGAAGCUUCGGCGGCUUUAGCUCGCCAACAAACCGGAAUCCCCGCCAGUGAUCAACUAUGGGUCUUCUUCAUUCCCACCUUAAAUACCAUCACAGCCGCCCUCUACCUGUGAUUUACCUCCUUAUCUUUCUCAAGUUCUACUUUUAUAUUUAGUGUGGUUCACUUGGAUACUACUCUGUUUGGAUUAAAUGCUUUUGUUCACUACUACUAGUCUAUUACAUUUAUUGA